GGACUUUUCUUUAUUUUGUUGUCAGUCGGUGUUUGUCUGAUUCUUGAAUUGUCUGUCGAUCGGUUUUUAACGAGGUAUUAUUCUUCUCGGUAUCCGCUAUGUAUCGGUCAACGAUUGUUUGUGGUGUUAUAUAUUAUGUGUUUUUAGGCAAUAAUGUAUUGGCACAAUGGGUGAUCGAAGAUGAGGGUUGUAGAACUCCGGACCGCGGAGUCGGAAAUUGCAUCUCGGUACGGGACUGCGCCCCAAUGAAAACCCUGUUGCAAAAUUUAAAAAGACCAGUGCCGGCCUCCGUAUCUAGACAAAUACAAGCGUACACCUGUGGCUCCCAAGAUGGCGCUGUCAAAGUUUGUUGCCCCCAAGGGCCGAUCGUGCUAAACCAACUGCAAACGAUCAAUCGAAAUGAACCGCCCGACGUGUCCAACCAUCCGAACUUGGACCUUUUGCCGGGAUUUCAGGAAUGCGGAGCGAUCGAUAAUAAGCACAGGAUCGUUAAUGGGAAAGACGCUGGUCUUAGGGAAUUCCCUUGGAUGGCCCUCUUACAAUACAGAACAAGACGAGGCCUAGGAUUUAAUUGUGGUGGCACCAUCAUAAACGACCGAUACAUCCUCACUGCGGCCCAUUGUAUAACUCAGUUGAAAAACUCGCAGCUGUUACAGGUACGGGUGGGUGAAUACGACUUAAGAAACGACACGGACUGCGUGACGGAAAAUAACACUUUGAAGUGUAACCCGCCGAUACAAGAUUUGAGGAUCGAAGAAGUGAUUCCGCAUCCGGAAUUUAAUACUGGAGACAGUUUUUCGAACGAUAUUGGAUUGUUGAGGGUCAAUAGGAUUCGGCUUAACCGAGAAAACGUCCAGCCCAUAUGCCUCCCCUUGGGCAAAAAACGCAACAAAAUCUACAACAAAGUAUUGGUGGCCGGCUGGGGGGUAGUAGACACUUCUACAGGUAGAACCAGUGACGUGCUCCAAUUCGUUUCGCUGCCGGUAGCAGACAGGGCCACAUGUAACGCCACCUAUAGGAACCACAAUAUCGGGUUAACGUAUAAGCAAAUAUGCGCAGGCGCCACCACUGACAACAAGGACUCUUGUCCGGGUGAUAGUGGGGGGCCUAUGAUGGGGGCCGACGUCAACGACGACUUUUCCGCCAUUUAUAUUCAACAGGGUAUAGUGUCGUUUGGACCGAGAUUUUGCGGUUUGCCAGGUUAUCCCGGAGUGUACACGUUGGUGGCCCACUACAUGGACUGGAUACUGGAUAAUAUAAAACCGUGAUUAUUAUUAUUAUUAGAUAUUUUAUUGACGUGACUAACUUAGGUUUUAAUUUUGUGUUGUAUAAUUCUUAAGACUGCAUUAGUUUUUAAUGGAAAUUAUUAUAUAUUUUAAAAUAUAUAUAUGUAUAUUUAAAAUGA